AUGACAGUGAACUCUCAGCAUCAGAAUCUAUGGUUUCGCAAGCAUUCCCUCCAUCAAAUUGACUGUUAUCUUCAAAACAUAAGGGCGGGAUCGAGGAUGAGUAUCGAAGGAAUGAUAGUUCUUUGCAAGUUCUCGACAGUGGAAAAUAAACUUACUGUGUUAAAUCUCUAUAAUUGCUGUAACCUGACUGCAAUUCCUGAUUUGUCUGAGCACAAAUCCCUGGAAAAGCUGAUACUCGAGCUUUGCGUUAAUCUGAAAACUAUACACAAAUCAGUAGGCGGGCUGGACACUUUACGGCAUCUCAACUUGAGGGAAUGUUCAAGCCUCGUCGAAUUCCCAAGUGAUGUCUCUGGGCUAAAACGUCUCGAGGUACUCAUUCUCUCUGGUUGUUUACAACUGAAAAAUCUACCUUGGAACAUUGGCAGCAUGAAGUCUUUGCAAGAACUUCUAGCUGAUAGAACUGCCAUAGAUGAACUGCCUGAAACUAUAUUCAGGCUAACUUGUCUCGAAAAGCUUUCCCUGAACCAUUGCAAAUCGUUGAAACGACUACCCAAAUGCAUAGGAAAGCUUAGCUCCUUAAGGGAACUUUCUCUUCUUGGUUCUGCAUUGGAAGAAUUACCUGAUUCCAUUGGCUUUUUGGGAAAUCUCGAGAUUCUAAAUUUGAUGUGGUGUGAAUCGUUAAUUGCAAUUCCAGAUUCCAUUGGAAAUCUCAAAUCAUUGACUGAACUCUUGCUUAACGGUAGCUCCAUAGAAGUUAUACCAGCAUCUGUUGGUUCACUAUACUAUCUGAAAGAUUUAUCAGUGGGAGACUGUAAACGUUUGCACACAUUGCCAGUUACUAUUGAAGGGUUGUCUUCAAUGAUCGCUUUUCAGUUAGACAGGACUUUAAUCACUGGUUUACCUCAUCAAAUUGGUUUUUUGAAAUCACUUAAGAAGCUUGAAAUCAGAGAUUGCAAGAAUCUUAGCACACUUCCAGAAUCAAUAGCGAACUUGUCAGCCCUUCAUACGUUGAUCUUAAACAAAACUGUCAUAAUAGAGUUACCAGAAUCUAUAGGAUUGUUGGAGAAUCUGAUUGUCCUUAGAUUGAAUCAGUGCAAGAAACUAUGCAAAUUACCUGAUUCAUUUGGAAAAUUGAAAAACUUGUAUCACCUGUUCAUGGAGGAAACUGCCAUUACUGAAUUACCUGAAACAUUUGGGAUGCUUGAUAAUUUAAGGACGUUGAAAAUGGCAAAGAAGCCCUAUGGCCAGGCCUCUCGGAUUUCUCUAGUAUCAGAGCCAGCUACUAGUGCGAAGAGAAAGGAACUAAAUGCUGCAAAUUGUACUUCUCUGGAAAGCAUUUCUGAUCUCUCAAAUUUGCAGUAUUUAAUUGAGAUCGAAUUCACAAAUUGUGAGAAACUAAUGGACUUACCAGGCGUCGAAAAAUUGAUGUCCUUGAAAAGUCAAGUGGUGGAUGGCUCAUCUCGUGCUGUGAAGUGUUGGAUUAAGUGGAGCUAUGAGAACAAUCUCGUGUUUAGUUGCCAUAGUCGAGGUUGGAUUUCAAGACUUUUAGUAGUAGGCCAGAGGAAGGUGAGGAAGACAUCUAGUCAUCAUGCCCCUUGUGCUCCGUGCUAUCCACGAUCUAAAAUAGCUUAUGCUGUUGCGUUGAGAAAUUUAUACAAUUUAUGCGUACCGGGAAGUGAAAUACCGGACUGGUUUACUCGAGAUGAGCUUCGCUUUUCUACAAAGAAAAAUGAGGCAAUAAGGAGUGUGAUUAUUGCUGUUGUCGUCUCUAAGAACUCUCAAAUCAACCAGGAUUCAACAUUAGAUGAGUUGCCUGUUAUAGCUGAAAUCGAAGCAAAGAUUCUCAGAGUAAACAGAGCAGUUUACAGUCAUGCAAUGAACUUGAAAGGAAUCCCAAAUACAGAAGAUGAUCAGCUUUAUUUGUGCAGAUAUCCAGAUUAUCAUCCACUAGUUUCCAUACUAGAAAAUGACGACAAAAUACAGAAUAAUGAGGUUUGUCGACUCCUGAGGAACACACGGUAUCUCAAACUCUACUCAAGAAGAUGGACAGGAAGGAAAUGGAGUCCAUUGCCUGGAGUUUGUAUUUGGCAGUUUAAGGCCGCUUUUCGCUAA